AUGGAGGUGGAGCAAGCACCCCCCGACCCGACCAAUUUUGGCUCGGCGCCACCCGACCUGACCAAUUUCAGCCCCAACCUCUCCGUGCACGCGCCAACCUUUGUGCCGCCGAUGGCGUUACCUAUGGGUAUGCAGGGUCACCCGCAAGGGUAUGACUUCGUCCCGAUGGCCGGCCCGCACUUUGUGCCGAUGGUGAUCGACGGCGAGCAGAUGUGGAGCAUCCAGAUGCAGUCCGCGCCGCCGAUGCACCCGCCGCACCCAUCGCACUUUCAGCAUCCGCCGUUCUCGCCGCACCUUCCGCCGCACCCGCCGUACUCGCCGCACGGGCACCCAUCGCCGCCUCACUUUGCAAUGCCGCCGCAGCCCAUGGACGUCUUGCAGCGCGGGAUGCGGCGGGCGCCGCCGCCACGCCACACACAGGGCCGGCACGGCCCGCCGCCUCCGGUGCAAGUUGGGUUUGAGCUAGAUGGCCGCGAGGGGCCGAUGACCCCCGACAAAGAGCGGCGGGCGCCAAGGGGCGAGCAGACCAGGAACAGGAGGGGGCCACGAGGCAAGGGCGGCGAGCACGUCAAGCACAACCGCGAGCCGGGCAAGACCCCGCGCGCCUUUUGGGCCCGCCAAUACAAGACAAAGGGGGCACCCCCCCUCCCUUGCCCCUGGACCCCCCCUUCCCCGAUGCCCCACUAA